AUGGCCAAUGCGUGGACCGGAUACUGGUCCCAGGGAUCGCAGGACUCGGCAUGGUGGCAGCCAGACAACAGAGGUGCAGCGAGCGCCGCUUCCAGUCAAAGCCAAGGUGAAGGAACAUGGUGGCCACAAACACCUUUGCCGGCAUGGCCGCCCUUGCCUCCACCAGCAGCUAGCCCGUCGACGCAAAUCGUGCCACUGCCGCCGCCAAGCACACCUCCAGAAGCCCCAAACGCAGCAGGCCCACCGACAUCCACGGCAAGAGCUCCACUUCCCAGUCAAUUCAAGGAGGACCCCGAGCACUACGACACCAACCUCGUCUUCAAGUCAACCCUUCGGAAGUACGUGGAGCCAACAGCCUGGAGCCGCGCCAAAGGCCUUGCAGGCAUGGACAUUCGCGACGUCACUGUCGCACAUCUUUGCAGACAUGGCAUGGAAGAAUUUGGUCUCCGAGGACUUUCUCACGGCAAGUUCACCGGCAUGAUUUUGCUCCGCAACAUCGCCGAGAGUGUCUUCCUCUCCCAGCUCCAAAAGAAGCUCCGCGAGAAUGACAUCGAUGUUGAUGCUACCGUCGACGCCAUCUACAAGAGCAACAGUCAGAAAGCCCCAGACAAGGUCAAAGAGGCUACAGCCUUCGUGAUGCCCCUCGUGGACACCAUCUUCGACGCCAUCAAGCCAUGGGCGCAAGUUCGCAACUAUGCCGCUAAGACCUCCGACAGCGACAAUCAAGCAGCUCAGCGCAUGCAGGCCCUAGAAGAGCAGACCGCGAAGUACAAGCAGCGCCUGCACAGUGCCGGACUUGAAGUCACUCCCCAGAAAGCCCUCCCAUUACAAGCUGAGCCAACAGAUGGUCCAGAGAUAGCGGCAAAGCCACCAAAGCGCAGACGCCUCACAAAGGGAGCCGGGCAAAAGCGCAACGAGGACAUCCUUGCCGAGCCCCACAACGUCAUCCGCGCAAGUGGACAAGAGCCACCGACAAGUAUGCCAUCGAUCGCAACCUGGGUUGCGAACCUCAAGAAAAGCCUCCCCCGAGACAAGCACGCGGAGGUCGACAACCACAUACAAUCCAUGCAGACGAUCCUCGAGAAUGCCAAGCACACCAAGGCAAAGCUGCAGGAGAUGGCCACGCGAUGGGGACUCCCAAUAUCCCUCGCUACAGCACCAAAGGCAUCGCCCAAGAACCUCCAGCAGCUGAUUGCGACUGUCACCUACCUCGCUCCUUGUGCCGUGUACAUCAAGCUUUUAUUCCCACGGCUCAACAAGCAAACCUAUGCGACUGCUACCAGAGAUGCAUCCUUUUGUUAUAUCGGAUCCACCAACAUCACUGUUGCCAAGAGAGAAUACAACAGGGUUGCAAAACUUCGUCAACUACAACAACUCAAACUAACCAAAACUGAGAUUGCCAUUCGAUAUUGGAAUGAUUCCCAGACCUACCUGCACUACAGCACCAUUCUUCUUUCGCAGCACUCGGAGUAUAUUGACGCCUGGGCCGAAGAACAUAGCCUGAUUCAAAUAUGGCAGCCCAAGCUGAACUACCCGUUUGUCACGAAGGAGCUGGUCAAGAAAGCACAUGGUCUCGAGGCAACGCAUCCAUCACUACAGCAAGUUCUGUGGAACCACAAGCGGAAAGUCACCGAUAUGGGCAGACACUGGAAGCCAACAGAGUGUCAAUGCGCCAAAUUCAUCAAGCAACACCCAGGAGCUCAGCUACAUGAAGGACAUGUGGUCACUGGCUUGGAAACAUUGCAGCUACCUACAACGCACCAGGCCUUCACCAACGUUGGAGCCGGCAACGCCUUCUACUCCUCCAAGCAGCGCAUCAAGAAGCAACAUCAGGACCAAUUCCAGCGAUGGCUCAAACACCACCAAUUCCCUCGAGAUCAACGCAUACUCGACGAGUUCGACGCUUUCUUCGAGCAAGAGUGGAAACAACAUAGACUACAACUUCAGCGAGAGCCAAGAAUCACACACAGGCUGGCAAAGAGCAUUUUGGCCAUGAUUCCUGACGACUACAUCAUACACAACGAGGACCACGCCAACGCGCACCUCAUGAUCUACUGCCCCACCAUCUACAACCAAGCCGCCUACAACACCUGGAUGGACAAGCAGACAUUCCGAAUAUUAGACAAGGACCCGGAGGAGAUCAAGCAGGACAUGCAGAGCAACACCCCCAAGGUAGUCGCAAAGCACUACGCCAAGCUCCUCGCCUACGAAAAGCCCCUGCCGUAUGGGUACAUACUCAUGAAACGGAAAAAGCGAGGGGCCAAGGGGAGGACCAUAAUCGCGUAUAGCAAUACGUGCAUCGGCAAAUUGCUGAAGAUCGCGGCCUUAGCGUUACAACAGAUGUUGAGAAUUACCUGGCCCAACCAUUUCGGCGACGUCAGCUCGCCACAACUUUGGGAGGAAAUACACCAGCUCUUCAACAACAACGAGCACCUGUACCCGGAGCGCCACUUGAAAUUUCUCAAUCACGAUUUGGUCGGAUUCUUUAAUUCGAUACCACAAUCCGACAUUCUUCAGAGCAUCCACUUCCUCACGUCCCAGUUCCUCGACGACCACAACCCCACCAUCACCGUCGACCCGCACAACAAGAUCGCGCCCGCACACUCCGGCAAGUCAACAUACAGCCUCAAAUCCAACAUGGUCAAGGUGCAAGCCGAACACAUACCAGCCAUCAUUCAGUUCAGCUUUGACGCUUGCGCUUUCACAGCCAUUGGGGAGGUCUUCCAGCAGACUUGCGGCACGUCCAUGGGAAACCAAAUCAGUCCCAUCCUCUCUACGUGGGCAAUAGUGGCCACAGAAAUCACAUGGCUACGAAUGUACGGCCAGUUUGUCAGCAGCGCCCACUUCUAUGACAAAUUCUGGAUCCGCAGGUACGUCGACAACAGAGCCAUCAUCGUUGAUGAAGAAGAGCUCCAGAACAAUCCAUAUAUCCAACAACUUGCAUCGUUGCAUUUCUACAAGAAGCCAGUACAACUUGAAGAUGAAGCAUGUGAUGACUUCCUGGGCUUCCGCAUUCACGCAGAUGAUCGACGAAUCACCUACAACCUCCACCGAGAAGCUUGGAGAUAUCGACUACCACAGUCAGCGGGCUCCACAAAACUACGACUCAGCGGAUACCACAGCAGAAAGCACCUUAUUCGUACCCAGCAGACGUGGCCAAGAGACAACUGCAGGAGCUUGACGACCUCUACGGUGAAUUGGGAUUCGCGCAUCUCCUAG